CUCCUCUUUCCUCCUGCGCUCCCACCCUCACUGACUCUCGCGAGAGCCCUACAGGCUAUAAAGAUAGUGCCGCGAACUUGCGCGCGCUUCGUGAGUCUUCUUCCUGGAGUGCAGGCCUUGGUAUUUGCGUCUCCCACCCGCUGAUAGCAAGAUGUCUUCAGGAAGUGCUAGAAUUGGGCACCAGGCCCCCAACUUCAGAGCUACAGCUGUUAUGCCAGAUGGCCAGUUCAAAGAUAUCAGCCUAUCUGACUACAGAGGAAAAUAUGUGGUGUUCUUCUUUUACCCUCUUGACUUUACCUUUGUGUGCCCCACGGAGAUCAUUGCUUUCAGUGAUAGGGUGGAAGAAUUUAAGAACCUCAACUGCCAAGUGAUUGGUGCUUCUGUGGAUUCCCACUUCUGUCACCUGGCAUGGAUCAACACACCCCGGAAACAAGGAGGACUGGGAUCCAUGAACAUUCCCUUGGUAUCAGACUCCAAGCGCACCAUUGCUCAGGACUACGGGGUCUUAAAGGCUGAUGAAGGCAUCUCAUUCAGAGGCCUCUUUAUCAUUGAUGACAAAGGUAUCCUUCGUCAGAUCACCGUAAACGACCUUCCUGUUGGCCGUUCUGUGGAUGAGACUCUGAGACUGGUUCAGGCUUUCCAGUUCACUGACAAACAUGGGGAAGUGUGCCCAGCUGGCUGGAAACCUGGCAGUGAUACCAUCAAGCCUGAUGUCCAGAAGAGCAAAGAAUAUUUUUCUAAGCAGAAGUGAGCACUGGGCAGUUACAGGGUCAUGGCAGCAGUCAACAGCCAUGUGAACAAAACAUCUCUUUUACUAUUUUCAUGUUUAAAACAUAAUAUCUUAGAUUUAGGCCAGAUGUGGUACGGGACAGGACAGGCCUUUCGUGCAGGGUUUGGGGAGGCUGGCAUUUCUUUUUCUGGAGGAAAUGGCCUGAACUAAUGGAGCGGGCCAACUGAUGUAUACAGUAGUGGGGCAUCACCUUUUAUCUUUUGUAGUUUCUAUUAAACUUGAACUGAGA